AAUAUAAUAUAAUAUAAUAAAAUAUUUAAGAAUAUAAGAUGGAGGAAACGGUUAACGAAACCGAUGGAAUAGCCGAUCCGGAAACGGUCUUGAGCAAUGUUGUUGAAGUAGAAUAUAUCGAAGAAAAACCCAAGGAAGAACCUCUUUUUAAAACUGAAUUUAACGUCUCCAAUGAGCAGAUGUUUUCAUCAGCGCAAAUAGAGGGCGAAGACGCCGAAGCAAUCGGAGAGGAUGGUAAACCAACCAAGGAUGAUGAGAAUGUUGUUGAAGAGGGCGAAGAGCUGAGUGCAGAGACACUUGAGAAAUUGGAGCAGAAGAAAAAGUUGCAGCGACGCGAGGACAAGCGCCGCAAGGAUGCGGCAUUGAGAAAAUAUGAGUCACAGCCAGUGCCAGAACCGGAGCCAGAACCGGAGCCAGAACCGGAGCCAGAACCGGAGUCAGAGCCGGAACCAAAACCAGAACCAGAAACUCAACCAAAACUUGAGAAUGAUUCGGUGACAAGCACCCACCGAUCGACAAUUGAUUCAGAGAAGACCAUGAAGGUUAAACAUUCCAUAUCCUUAUCCGGCGCAGAGCAGGAGGGGCCGGAAGAGUUUAAGUCAGCGGAUGCUUCGUCCUCAGAGGACGAGUCUUAUAGUCGGUCGUUACCGACAUCCUUUAAGAGUGAUUUCUUCGAAAAUUUCUACUUCCCCAGUUUCUCAGAUAUCUCAUCAAUCACAAGUGAAAAAUCGGUGAAAUCAAUUCGCCCAUCGGUGGAGCCAGAAAUGGUAGAGCGUGAAGUAUUCGUCAAGGAUGAGGGUAAAUUUGUGGAUACCGAACACCGGGACAGAGGCUCAUCGGUGAGCCGUAUCGAGGUGCAGGAGGUGCAGGAGGUGCAAAUACCAGAAGAAGAGUCAGAAGCUGAAUCAUCGAGCUCUUCAACAAUAUCAUUUGAUUGGCCCUUCGAUCUGGAAGAUGAAGUGGUGACACCGCCCCAGAUAGAUAUAGAUGAUGAAGCCGAAAUGGCAGUCAAUCUGCUAUUCGACAUGCAUUCAUUCACAAAACUUGCGAGAACCGAAUCCACUACAGCAAUGGAAAGACAUAGAGCCGAGCGAGAAACUCAUCAAAUUGCAAUGGAAUUUCUUUGCAAACUGAUCGAUGAUGCUGUCGAGGCAGCGGAGUUUGUCGAUCCUCUCAUCGUGCUCAGUGCAAAAAUGGAUAAACACAAGAUGAUCACAGAUCUGCAUGGCCUAAUUAAGGAAUACAUGUGUGUCAAACAAUUCAACACAGAUGCGGAAAAUAAAAUGUACGAUUAUUAUCGUCGUUUGGGGCAGAGGCGUGUCUUUGAUGUGUUGCCACCGCAAGUGGAACAAGUGGAAUUCCGGCGACAGAGGGAGGCACUGCAGCAUCUGGAUCAUCUGAAGGCCACGGCUGUCGAGACGAAGAGAAUUAAUAAUUUGCUCAUGGCCAGUGUCCACAUGGAUAUGGUACAUGAGAGCAACAUUGCGAUCAGCACACUCGAAUCGCUCGAGAAAUGCUUUCAUACCACGCUCAUUCGCAAGGAUAUGCAGUUCCUGCCACGCAUCGUGGACCUCGAGCUGCGACGCAUGGAAAAUUUACGCAACGAGAUCAGCGAUAGUCGCCUCUGGCUUAUUACCAGGCAACACACUCUGGGCAGACUGAUCGAGCGCAAACGGCAAUUUGAUCAAAUUACGGAGACAUUAACCAUGGAUCAGUUUUUGGCAGUGCAACGCGAGGUUACUGCGCUGGACACAAAAGUGGAAGAGCGUAGCCAUGAUCUAUAUCGUAUGCAUGAUCGUUGUACCAGGCAGGUGCAUCAAUUGGCCUUUGUGAGGGAGAAGAUUAGCAUGCUCUCAGAGAACUUGACCGAUAUGCGGAUCGAGCUGGGAGAGAAGAUGCAACGACAGCAGAAAUUGCGAGACGAGUUGCUGAAAUUAAAGCUAAAACGCGCCCACCUCAAGGAGCAGAAAUCGGAGCUGCAGGAGAAGAGUGGACUGCUCUAUAAGCCGGCUCUGCUCAUUGAUUUCGAUACGACAGUAGAAACUAUCGAGGUCAGCAGGGAGAGAGUGAAGGAACUAAGACAAACCGUAAACGAUUUAGAAACACGCAUUGCCGUGUAUGAGAACUUAGCAAGAAACUCCGACUCGGCCAGGCCCAGUAAAUCAAUGCCAAGCAAAUAAUAAUAAUAUGCAACCUUUUUUACACUUUUAUACAGAUUUUAUACAACUCGAUUAGAUUCUCAAACUUGAAAUUCUCAAAAUAAACGAAAAACUAGACU